GCGGCUGAUAAAAAUUAGAUGAAAAAUAAAAGUGAAUUGAAUAAAUGAACUAAGAAACGAUUUAAUUACAGCGACAGCCGAAGGUCUGAUGAAUUCGAGCCAGAACGCAUCUGCGCUGAACUCUACAGAGAUGGAACAGUUGGUGAAAGGACUAGAAUCACUUCUUUCUGGACCCAAUAUCAGCUUUGCUGUGGCGAGCACGUCCAUUAACAUCAUCAGCAAUUUAAUGGGUGCAUCAUCCGAGGCGCUGGCGUCGUCUUCAAACAAGAUUAUCGGCAUCGUGGACACAGUUGGAUUGAAGCUGAACGUGGACGGAGAAAGUAAAGAUAUUCUCACUCAGUCUUUGGCUCUGGCUGUGAAACCGGUGAACGGGGUGAAUUUUCAGAAGACCACGUUCACCAUCAAUAACUCCUCCAGCAUCGAGAUGAGCCCCCGGUCCAAGAGGAGUUCAGAGGCCAAGGCGGUCACUUCUCAGGGUUCGAUCGAUCUCCCGGCCACCCUCACGGAGAACCUCACACCCCAGCAGCAGCAACAGGCCUCCAGACUGCAGUUUAAUUUUUACCAGAACGGCGCCCUGUUUCAGGACAAAGCGGUGCAGGCGAACGAGAGCAGACUGAUCAGCGGGGUUCUGUCCUGCAGUGUGGCUAACCUGUCCAUCUCCAACCUUAGUAAAAACAUCACCAUCACCCUGAGGAACACACAGACUGUUCAGAGUAACCGAACCAUUUCCUGUGUAUUCUGGGAUUUUAAGCUGAAUGGUGGAUCUGGAGGCUGGAGUAAUGACAGUUGUACUGUGAUCAGUCGAACAGAAAAUGAGACGGUCUGUGGAUGUAAUCACCUAACCAGCUUUGGAGUGCUGAUGGACAUUUCGAGAGGCGGCUCAAUCAGUAAACUGCAGGCCAUGAUCCUGACCUACAUCACGUAUAUCGGUUGUGGGAUCUCGGUUAUCUUCCUGUCUCUCACCCUCCUCACGUAUCUGGCUUUUGAGAAGCUGCGUAAGGACACGCCGUCGAAGAUCCUGAUCCACUUGUGCUUGGCUCUGCUCCUGCUGAACCUGGUGUUCCUGCUGGAUUCCUGGCUGGCUCUGUACCCCAAAGCCACGGGUCUGUGCAUCUCCACCGCCUUCUUCCUGCACUACUUCCUGCUGGCCUCGUUCACCUGGAUGGGUCUGGAGGCCAUCCACAUGUACAUGGCUCUCGUCAAGGUCUUCAACAGCUACGUGUCCAGAUUAAUGCUCAAAUUCGGACUUGUCGGCUGGGGUCUUCCUCUGAUCGUCGUCGUCAUCGUCAUAUCGAUUAAACGAGGCGACAAUUACGGACUGAUCUCUUACGGGAAAUUCGAAGAUGGAACCUCAGAUGAAUUCUGCUGGUUGAAGGACAACACGGCCUUCUACGUGGCGGUGGUGGGGUAUUUCUGCGUCGUUUUCCUGCUGAACUUUAGCAUGUUCAUCGUGGUGAUGAUUCAGCUCUGCCGCAUCAAGAGACAAAACCCUCAGACUCUGCAGCAUCGCAACAUCCUGCAGGACAUCAGGAGCGUGUCCGGCCUCACCGUGCUCCUGGGCCUCUCCUGGGGCUUCGCCUUCUUCGCCUGGGGUAAAGUUAACCUGCCCUUCAUGUACCUGUUCGCCAUCUUCAACUCGCUGCAGGGCUUCUUCAUUUUCAUCUUCCACUGUGCGGUGAAGGAGAACGUGCGCAGGCAGUGGAGGAUGUACCUGUGCUGUGGAAAACUCCGCCUGACCGAGAACUCGGACUGGAGCAACACGGCUACUCAGAAGACCAAGAAUCUUUCCGCUAAAAGAUCGCCCUCGUUUAGAUCCAUGAGAUCAGACCGAUCCAACCAGUCCUCAAACUCUAGAACCUGUCUGGUCAACAACGGAGCCGGACCAGACCGGACGAUGGGGAUCAGCAGCCCGUUAGAUGACACGACAAUAAGAGCGCAGGAGCGGCCCGAACCGGACGUGGUUCUGAACGAGAUCAACCACAGGCACAGGAGAUACCAGUGACCACUGACCACAUUUAUAUUAUUAUUAUUAAUAUUAUUAUUGUUGCAUUUAAUAUGUUUAAUUUUGUAUUUCAACAAUAUAAUGUAAACUUAAUUUGUUAGAAGUAUAUCUGACUGGGCUGAUUAAGUUAACUGGAUUAUCGAUUGUUAACCAGGCACCAGUUCACAAACCCGCUCCAUAAUCUCAGAACUCUUCAGAAGAGCGGAGGCUGUUACAGACACAAGGGCGACUGUUUAAUUAAUGCCUAGUGUCCACAUACUUUUGUUCAUACAGUGUGCACACGCACUUUCAUGAGUGUUAUAUAAUUCUAGUAAAUGUAAUGAUCUCAUUAUGUUUAUUGUGGGUUUAUUAUUAUCAAAGGGGUCAGAAAUAUACACACAGCAGCUAGAACUUUGUGUCGGUUUACCUUGUGACUUCUCUGUGCCCAUAUUUAAUAUAAGGAUGGUUUGACAGCAUCUGUGUGAAAUGACAUGGAACAGGCGUCUCAGACAACAACAGAUUCAAUUACAGUAGCAGUGAAAACAGCUCUGCUGUACAUAAAAAGCUGAUGGAACAAGGGUGGUGUGUCCACUGUCAAGCAAGUUUUACACGACCUUGCAAAAAAAAAAGAGUGUUUGUUGUUUUUUUUUUGCAGAAAAUAGGUUUUAUAAUCAAGGUCACAUCAUUACUGCCACAUUUCUGAGCAUUUACACAAAAUGUUUAAAUGUUUUAAAAUCUAAAUAAAACAUUAAAUGAGUGUAAUAAGGUGAA